CGGACAGCUGCUGCUGUUCAUUAUUUUUUUGACUUUCCUGCUGCCGAGCGCCCCACCCGAAGAGGCUGGCUACCUCUCGCCAGAAGAGCGCAAGCGAAUGUUGGGCGAUUUGAAAGAUACCAUCAGGACAGCAAGAACCGCAAUGACGACCAACGACUACGCCUCUGGGUACGGGAACGUGACAGGGUAUAAACUGAGCUACGGGGAUGCAGUGAAGGGCCGCAAAGUGGAGGACUGGCCGUUUCCAGACCAUACGGUCUUUUCAGAAGACGAAAAGCAUAGUAUACUGCCUAAUAGGAUCAGCCAACAGGCACGGGAAAUUUGGAGCCAUCGCGAUGCGGCUUCCGGAGCAUUUUGGCGCAACAUUACAAGCACGCUACGUGGCGAAUACUCUCUGCAAGACUCUUUUGUUCGUAUACCGAUGCCCAUACCUGAAUUUUACCAGAACUUGACGGAAUACAGCGACAUUAUUAGCAACUCUACAAUCCAUCCUGGAAACGUCACAGAUGAGCAGGGGCUUAUUGAAAUCACUCUGCGCAACUUCAACUACACUCCAGAAAGCAAGGAUACCACCGCAGUGAGCAUGAGUGUUAAGCUGAGCGAUCUGAACGAACAACAUGAUCACAAUCUGCGGCUCCAAGGAGCAUACCAUCAGGAAACAGGAAAUUUGGUUGCCGUCUCGAAUUCGGGCAAGUUCAACGGAAUCUAUGGUCUGCCACAUCUGAACCUUGAAGAUGGCCACUAUUUCAACCAGACAAGGACGCUGAUGGAGAGCAGUGUCAACCGCACAGAUAUUGACUCGCUGGACAUGUCCUAUCUCGAAGACCUGCUCGGGAAGAGCGCCAAUUGUGAAUAUAUAGCAUAUAUGCAUUUUGAGGCCACCAACUUGACUUCAGAGGAACUUGAGGUGAUUGACACCGAGCUCGAGACCCCAUUGGGACGACCACAUAGUCCUAUACCCAAAAUCAAUCUGGUUUCUGGUCUCUUGUACUCUCCCGACUGCGGCUUGUCGAUCCGGGUGAACAAGGCCGUGGGACCGCGCGACGAGGUCCAACAGAAACAGAUCAAAAACGUUCUUCUUUUCGGGAUUUUGCUGAUGAGUGCUCAGAUUUGGCUGUUCAUCAAACAGAUGGGUUCCACCAACACGCCGUCCACGAUGUCAUGCAUCUCAUUCUGGUCAGUGGCCAUUAUCAACCUUGUCGACGGGUCGUUGUCGAUGAUUUCACUUUUGUGCUCGCUUGUGAUGGACUCGCUCUACAUCCAGUUUGCCGUUUGUGCUUUUCUGGCCUUCACAUGCUCGUCUAUAUUCGAGAUGAGAUAUAUGAUACUCAUUUACGCAGCACAGAUCAACGAAAGGAACAUCAGCUGGAGAACCGCUUUCCAGGGCACCCCGAUAGACGAGCGAGAAAAUGAUACCGACAACACGCAACAGAACCAACCCAAUCCCGUGACACCUCAAGAUGAACAGACCAUCAGCGGCCAGCUGUACAUGCGCUUCUUUUUCUCCCUAAUUGUGUUUUCCUUCCUGGUGCUGAACGUGACACUAUGGCCAAAGCCGCAGCGUGUCGGCUUUGAGUACUUGAUCGGACUCCUGAUGAAUUCAUUUUGGAUCCCGCAAAUUUAUCGGAACGUGAUCAGAGGCUCUAGACGGUCUUUCCGAAAAGAUUUCAUAAUCGGCACCUCCAUCAUCAGACUCCUGCCAAUAAUGUACGUCACGAUGUUCAAGAACCCAUUCUAUCACCACAAGGAUAUCAAGCUUGUCACAUUGCUGACUCUUUGGCUGUCGUCACAGAUAUUCAUGCUGUACCUACAGGAGCUGCUGGGGCCUCGCUUCUUCCUCCCAGACAAGUAUCUUCCCAAGACUUACGAUUACCACCCCGUUCUUUCGUUCGACGAUCUCGAAAACUCGUUCAAUGUCGACCACGAGGUUGUUGACUCGUCACAUUCACACUCGAGAUGCAAGAUAGAUUGUACCAUUUGCAUGAACUCCUUCGAGGUUCCUGUUCUCCAUAGCGGCCACGAUAAGGAGGACAACAGCAGCAUCGGUCUGAUGGCUCGUCGCUCCUACAUGGUGACGCCUUGCAGACACAUUUUCCACACCGAAUGCCUGGAAAAUUGGAUGAAGUACAAACUGCAAUGUCCCGUGUGCAGAAAUAGUCUGCCACCCUUGUAAAAAAUAAAUGAAAUAAAUAAUAGUCUAAAAUCUAGUCAUUUCCAAAUGGGGCCUCCGAAAACGGUGAAAGCGUGUCUUUUUGACAUGGACGGUCUCCUCAUAGACUCUGAAUCCGUCUACACUACGUCAAUUUCGGACAUAUUGGUCAACAGGUUCAACAUUCCUGGCGGUCUAACCUGGGACGUGAAGAUGAAACUUCAGGGUCUUCCGGGACCAAAGGCAUCUCAGACAGUGAUAGAUGAGUAUAAACUUGAGGGAAUUACUGCGCAGGAACUGUAUGAGUGGACUUCAAUAAAACAGGCAGAAUUAUGGCCAAAGGUACAAUUUCUACCAGGAGCUCUAGAUCUGGUUAGGAAGCUCGCAGCCAAGGGCAUUCCCAUGGUUGUGUGUACUUCCUCCCACAAAGACAAGUAUGAUAUCAAAACUGCCCAUUUACAAGAAGGCUUCAAGCACUUUGAGCUGGUGAUCACGGGAGACAACCCUGUCAUUGCAGGUAAAGGCAAGCCUCUUCCGUUUAUCUGGUGGUUGGGGCUGUCAGAGCUGAAUGACAAGUUGCGCAGCGAGGGCCGUAUUCAGGAGGAUAUCAAGAUCGAGGAGGUUUUGAUUUUUGAAGACGCGGUUCCAGGCUUGAUCUCCGGUAAGCGUGCUGGUGGAUACGUGAUCUGGGUGCCGGACCCACAUGUUCUCGAGAUGACCAAACCGGAGGAGCUGCUGGAUAAUGGUGCAAAGGGAGAGCUUUUGACAAGUUUGGAGGAAUUCGACCUUGCCAAAUAUAAUUUAGACUGAUAGAGCCAAUAUUA